CUGGUAGUAUAUGCUGUAAUAGAUUAAAAACAAAAAAUAGUGUUACCUUUGCGAUUAUUGUUCGAAACGAAGAGAAUAUAUGAAUAUUUAGUAGCAGUAUUAAAUAUAUACAGUUAUGCUUCAAAAAAUUAAUUUUUAUACAUAUACGCUUCCCAAAGAGGAUCAUGAACUCAUCAUCCAGCAUUUGAUUUUUUUUUAAUUAAAAAAAAAAACAAAAUUUAAGUAAUGCUAUGCUAUUGCUACAUCAUCAAUUUUAUCGUUUCUGUGAGAAUGGCCGGAUUCAUGGGAAACUCCAAAAGAUUCCUAACUUACUAAGUAUAAAUAAGGCAGAUUCGUAAUUGUAAAAAUCCCGUUCUAAUCCUCAUCCCAUCCAUCCAUUCCUUUAAUCAUUUCAAUCUCAUACAAACCAAUUCAGCAGACUUUGGGAUCAUGGAUCUGGGAGGAGGAGACGCCGGCGGCGGCGGCGGCGCAAAAGAAGAGAACGGGAAAAUUACAGAGUCAUCCCAGGUGGGAGAAGUCUCAGCUAAAAACAACAACAGAUUCAGAUACAAUUCGCCGUUUGUGCAAGUGGGGUUGAUCGGAUUAGUGUGUUUUUGUUGCCCAGGAAUGUUCAACGCCCUCUCCGGCAUGGGCGGAGGCGGCCAAGUGGACCCCAAAGCAUCCAACAACGCCCUCACCGCGCUCUACACCACCUUCGCCAUCUUCGGAGUCCUUGGUGGUGGAAUCUACAACAUCUUAGGACCCCACCUAACUCUCUUCGCCGGAUGCUCCACCUACGUCCUCUACGCAGGCAGCUUCUUGUAUUACAAUCACCACCCUGAGCAGGGAUUCGUCGUCGCCGCCGGCGGAAUCCUCGGAGUCGGGGCGGGUCUCCUCUGGGCAGCCCAAGGCGCCAUCAUGACGUCAUACCCGCCCCACGACCGGAAAGGGACUUACAUUUCCAUGUUCUGGAGCAUUUUCAACAUGGGCGGAGUCAUCGGCGGGUUAAUUCCGUUCGCGUCGAACUACCACCGGACCAAAGCCGCCUCGGUCAACGAUGGGACCUACAUCGGGUUCAUGGUCUUCAUGUCCAUCGGAGCCGUGCUUUCCCUGGCCAUCCUCCAUCCCAGCCGGGUUGUCCGGGACGACGGGUCCACGUGUACGAAUAUCAAGUACUCCAAACCCGCAACCGAAGCCGUUGAAAUCCUCAAACUGUUUCUAAACUGGAAGAUGCUGCUCAUCGUGCCGGCUGCGUGGGCCAGCAACUUCUUUUACUCGUACCAGUUCAACAACGUCAACGGGGCGCUCUUCAAUCUCCGGACCCGGGGAUUGAACAACGUGUUUUAUUGGGGAGCCCAGAUGAUCGGGUCGAUUUUUAUCGGGUACUUGAUGGAUUUCAGCUUUAAGAGUCGGAGGAAAAGGGGUUUGUUUGGGAUCGCGGUGGUGGGCGUGCUCGGAACCGCCAUUUGGGGUGGCGGACUGGCGAAGCAGCUGGAUUAUAGAAGGGACAGUGUGCCGGAUGAUAAGCUGGAUUUUAAAGACGGGACGGAUUUUGCGGGGCCGUUUGUGCUGUAUUUUUGCUACGGGUUGCUGGAUGCCAUGUUUCAGAGUAUGGUUUAUUGGGUCAUCGGAGCUCUGGCGGAUGAUUCCGAGAUUCUCAGCAGGUACGCUGGAUUCUACAAAGGGGUGCAGAGUGCAGGGGCGGCGAUUUCAUGGCAAGUGGACGAACACAAAGCGCCGUUUAUGAACCAAUUAGUGGCCAACUGGCUGUUGUGUACCAUCAGCUAUCCUCUGUUGGCCCUUCUCAUUAUAAUGGCUGUGAAAGAUGACCCUGAAUCAGAAGAAUCACCCGAUGGGAAACCCCCUAAAUCUGUUUUGUCUGCUUUCCAUUGAUACAAACAAAACCCGAUGACCCCCCAAUCAAUGAUACGAAUGAUAUAUGUAUGUAUGUGUUUAGUACAUAUUACAUAUUCAUAUAUACUUUUGAAACAGAAAAAUUCCCCCCACCCCUGAUUUCGUCUGUAGUAUGUUUUCCACAAGCAAAAAAAGAAAACCCUUAAUUUUGAUCGACUACUUCUGAUGAGUUUCUUUAGAAACCUGCAAUUCCAAUUUCCAAAUGUUCUUGGGGAAACUUGAAUUUGUACCUUCAUUUCUUCAUUGUUUAAUGCUGAUCAUAUUGAAUAAACCUUGACGUUGCCCUUUUGUGUCUUCCUCUUCACAUUUUAACAUUGCUAUUAUCGUUUAUCUUUACUAUCAGUAGUACUCUCUCCCCAAAAAAUAGUCAACGUUGAGUUUUGAGUUUUAU